AUGGACACUUUUCAUGGAUCCUAUGUGCAUGUAAGAAAGAGCAAACUUGCCUACAACAAUCUUGAUGGUGAAAUCCCUCGGAACCUGACCGGUUUACAAUCGCUUGGCUAUUUGGAUCUUCAAAGCAAUAAAUUGACAGGCAGUAUACCAGACAGCAUAAGUUAUUGUAAAAAUUUGACAGCCAUCAUUCUUCGGCUCAACAACCUGGGAGGUAACAUAACUCAAAGUUUGGGCUCACUCUCUAAGCUACAAAUUCUGGAUCUUUAUAGUAACUCGUUGUCAGGCCAUAUUCCUGUCGAACUGGGAAACCUGUCUUCCCUCCAUACUUUGUAUCUGGAUGACAAUGAUCUCGAGGGAAACCUUCCUAAGGAACUUGGGUAUUUGAUCAAACUUAAAAAACUCUACUUGUCAUCCAACAAGUUUAACGGAAGUAUUCCUGAGACAUAUGCCCAACUUGUCAAUAUGGAAGAGUUUGUAGUUGGUGGAAACAAUUUGUCUGGUAAGAUACCUAAUUAUUUUGGAAAUUGGGUCAAUCUCACCAAACUGAUUCUUAUAGGAAAUAAUUUUAAAGGGAAUCUGACUGCAGAAACUUUUAGUCUGCCACAAUUGAAGUUAUUAUAG